AUGGCGUCUUCAAAUGCUACAGGGAACAGAAGAAAGUAUGUUACUACGGCUUGCGUAGGUUGCAGAGAGAGCAAGAUCAAGUGUGACGGAACUACCCCGACUUGCUCCAAUUGCCAGAACAGAGGUCGAGAAUGCCGGUACCGAGCAAGUGAUGAUCGCCGCAAACUGUCCGCUCGAGUAGCAAUUGAGGUGCUUUUCAGUCGCACUGAGCAAUUAUCUCAAUUCAUAUCAGAAAACUCUCUUGAGCCACCACCCAUCGAUGAUGAGCAGGCUGCCACUCUUAAGCGCGUCUUGUCAACCUUGAGGCUCAACAUCGAUAUUCCUCAAUCUUGCCAGUCCGGCCGUGAUGAAUCGACAUCGCCACGGACCUCCCACGUGCGAAAUGAUAGCACCACGCAGGAUCCUUUGCUAGAAUGUCUGGACGAUGGCAUCAUCGACGAGAUAAAUAGAGCAAAAGAUCCAGUAGAUGUGGCCUUUCCUGGUCUUCCUUCCCAGAAUUGGACUUGGAAUGAUCUUCGCGGAGAUAUAUUUGACACUCAGGCGGCGCCCGAAGAUCCCAAUCUGCAACCUUACAACCAUUCGGUCUCGGGCAGCAUCCCCUCUCCCCACACUGGAGCAUCACCUCUGGCGAUCAAAACACCACAACCAGAGACAUCGAGCACGGCAGAUAGUGCAACGGAUGUGGUCGACGCGCUUGUUGAACAACUCUCUGACCGAAUGGGCAGUCUACAGAUUGGGCCCGGGGGCAACGUGCGCUACUUCGGGCCUACUUCAGACUUUCAUUUGGUGCAGAUGCCGCCGUCUGAUAACCUCACAAUACACCGGAGCGUUCGCAACGAUGGCCAAGAGUAUUUGGAAAGACUGGGUUUACACAAGGAUGUCGACGACAGUCUGAGAAAGCACCUGACAGACCUCUACUUUACGUGGCAAAAUCCAACAAUGUGUGUUGUAGACCGCAAAAUGUAUGAAGAAGCCAUGGUCCAGUGGCAAGAACAGAAGCAGGAUACCCCGUAUUUCUCCGAGGCAUUGGAAAAUGCCAUACUGGCACUUGGUGCUGCUUUUGAAGCUCGAUAUUACCCAGGGUUCCUUACAUUUCCCAAAUCUCUUUCCGACUUCUUCGCCGACAGGGCAAAGGCCUUGCUGGAGAUUGAAUUGGAUUCCCCUAGUCUUGCUACAGUGCAAGCCAUGACUGUUCUGAGUGGGCAUGACUUUGGGUGCAAGCGAGACGCCAGAGGAUGGUUGUAUAGUGGAAUGGCGGUACGCCUGUCGUUUGAUCUGGCCCUCCACGUUGACAUGUCUCCAUAUGUCAGCGCCGGAAAACUGAGCCAAAAAGAGGCAGAUCUUCGCAGAUUGGUGUUUUGGGGUGUCUACACCACUGACCAAAUGUGGGGUUUCCACCUCGGUAGACCUUCACGAAUCAAUAUGCAGGAUGUGACUGUCACAAAACCCACCGAUCGUCAGGCAAGCAUUGCCUCACUGGAAACUGAUUUGGACACAUUGAGCAAACAUAGGGCACUAUUGUGGCAGCUUAUGGCGCCUAUUGGUUACGGCCUGUAUGGAAGUCUGAAGUCUUCCACUGACACCCUCAGACAAUUGACACACACGGCAUCUGCAGAGUUGACCAACUGGCAACUCAAUUUGCCUCCAUCGCUUCAAGUCGACCCCGAUAAUCGGACAGAGCGAUAUUUACCUUAUGUUCUACUAUUACACAUGCAAUAUUACCAACAUAUAAUAUACACUCACAGACCUCUAAUGUCAAAGAGCUUUAGGCAGUCAACUGACACUCUGGACACACGAGGCCUCUCCUUUGAAUAUGCGCGGAAGAGAUGUAUAGAUGCUGCUAUAAGCAUUGCGAAACUUCUCAACAUUUACGAAAUACAUUACACACUUCGACGCAUAAAUGUGCAGGCCGUCAACUGUACGGGAUCGGCUGCUUUGUUGCUCAUAUUUGCCAAUUUCACCAAUUUUGGUGACUUUAGUCGAGAGGAGACUGGCCUCCAUCUCAGUACGUGCCUGCGAGCGCUGGACGAGUAUGUUCCAGCAUGGGAGAGCGCCAAACGGGUCCGGGAUUUCCUCACCAUUCUUCAACGGCAAUGGGACGUCCAGGUCCGUGCCGCUCGAGGUCGUCCACCCGGGUCGUCCGUCUCUUCUGGGCACGACUAUUCAUCCCCGCGGAAGAGGGCUCGGUCUCAGGGAGGGCCUUUGUCCCAACAAGACACGAGACAUGGUCUAGGCGAAGACCCGCAAAGCUCCGAUGCCAUAAAUAUAAUAAACAAUGAGGUCGACCUUGACCUUGACUGGGUGUUUACCGGAGAGACUACGGGGUUCGCGGGCUUCAAUAUGUAG